AUGGCCGACGAGGCCCUGGACCAGCCGCCGGACGCGGCCCCGUCUCCGUCUCCGGCUCCAGCGACGCCGCCGGCCCCCGCCACCCCGUCCCCCGCGGCGCUGCUCCGCCCGCGGCGGGAGGCGUUCGAGCACGGGCUCCUGCCCAUCCCAAAGCUCAUCUUCCCGGAGGGCACUCUGGCGCAGACCCUCGCCCAGCUCAAGGAGAAGCUCGCCGCCUCGGCCCCCGACGGGCGCGUGCCCGCCGCGGCGCUGGCGGAGGCGCUGCAGAUCCCGCAGGAGCAGGCGGCGCUCGCCCUCGGCACGCUCGCGGCAGUGCUCCCCGCCGAGGACCCCGCGCUCGGGGACGGCGCCGUGGAUGGUGCGGCCGCGGACAUCCGCGACGUGCUGCUCUUCCUCUACAUCCAGUCUUACAAGCGCCUCGUCCCGCGGAGCGCGCACAAGGACUCGCCCGCCGUGGCGGACGUCUGGCCCUCCACCUCCGCGUUCGAUGGGUACCUCUCCGCGCUCUCCCCGAUCCAGACUAUAGUCCAUGUCUAUGAUGGCUAUACCAGUAGACCUAGUAUAGCAAUUAUAUGGUCGCUUGGCCUCAAUAAGUUGCCAUAUAUCUGCAAAUUACUUAGCAUGCAUACAUGCUUGUCACCCGGACUACACUGCACAGAUCAGAUCAUCGCUCUGAAGUGUGUCUGGUUCUCCGUUUUUGAAUGCUUGUUCGCAGUAACAGCCGUCGUUUUAUGCCUUCUCAAGCUGAUGAAGAAAUUAAGUCAGUUGUCCUAUCUGCAAAAGCAUAUGGCGAAUAUUCUUACUCUCUUGGCAGAUUCUGUUGAGGGUGAGGGUGAUGAUUCACUGGUAUUGACAAUGGAGACUUUUGAGCACCUUGGAUUUCUAGUUCAAUUCUCAGAAGGAACUUCCUUGAGCCAGGCUGCUACAUUUUUUGCAAACUCAGACCCAGACAUGCCUGCUGCGCCUGUCCCUGCUGCUCAGGUUCUUGAUUGGAUGUCACAGAACAUAGCUUCUUCACUGGAAUAUUCUGCUGAGAGGUCCGCAGCAAAGGAAAGCAACCUGCAAACCAUGUCUGAUCUUGAUGUGACCAUGGCUGAGGCCAACACAAGUCACCCACGGAACAGCACACCAAGUGCCAAUCCUGCAUACUACAGAAACGUAACGUUUGUGGAGGGCUUUUCCAAAACCUCCGUUGUCAAGCAUGCAUCUGAUAUCAAAGGGAAUUCAAUAAAGGUUUUGAACUGCCAUGAUUCUGUUAUCUACAUAUUAGCACCGCUGAAGUAUGCUACUGUGUACGGCUGUUCUGAUGCUACAGUUGUUCUUGGUGCUGUUGGUAAGGUAGUAAAAGUGGAGCAUUGUGAAAGAGUGCAUAUCAUUGCAGCUGCAAAACGGAUUUGUAUUGCCAACUGCCGUGAGUGCAUAUUCUACUUAGGAGUAAAUCACCAACCUCUUGUGUUGGGGGAUAACCAUAAAUUACAAGUUGCUCCAUUCAAUACAUGCUACCCACAGCUGCAGGAUCAUAUGAUGCAAGUGGGUGUCAAUCCCAGUGUCAACAAAUGGGACCAACCUUUUGUGUUGGGAGUUGUUGAUCCACAUGAUUCAUUAUCCCAUCCUGCUGGGGUUUCAGAUGUUAAAGCUGAAUCAGCAACAUGUCUGGAUCCUGAUCUAUUCACCAAUUUUUUGAUUCCUAGUUGGUUUGGGGAUGAAAGGCAAGAGCCUACAAACUGCAAUCCUUUCCCACUGCCUGAAAUUUAUGGGGCAUUCCAAAGCAAAAAGCAUUCUGCUCUGGAAGAUAUCCAAAAGAUGAUUCGGGAGCUGCAGCUUGAUGAGAAUCGGAAAAGGGAAUUGGCAACUGCCCUUCAUGCUCAGUUCAAGGAUUGGUUAUACGAUAUGCAGUGA